AUGAAGCUGAGAACAUUAUCUGAUAAGAAAUAUGUACCUCUUAGUUGCUAUGAAAUUAUGUUUGCUUCUCUGCUUGCAGUUUUUGUGUGUGUUUCUUUUGGGCUGGUCAUACUUUCAUGGUUAUCAAUCCAGAAGUUAGAACGAGAUGAAGCAGAUGUGAAUACUCAUGGCUACGUGGGAACAUUUAAAAUACUCUCUGAGACAUCAUUCUCUCCUGCUUUGAAAAACAGAUCAUCAGCUGAGUUCAAAGUCCUUGCCUUUGAUGUUGAAAAAUUGAUAGAAAAAGUCUUUCAAGCAAGCCAUCUGAAAAAUGAAUACCGGAGAUGUGGAAUUUCCCAUUUCAAGAAAUCUGAAGACAAUCGUCAAAGAUUCAAUUCAGAGACUGGUGUUGUUGUGAACUUCAACGUUUAUUUUACCCAGAUGGUAGCAGUUGAGAAAGUAAAAAAUGAGCUGGUUUUGGGUAUAAAUACAAAUGAAACUUAUCUUACCCAGACUUUGAAAAUUGAUGUGAACAGCAUACAAAUCACAGUACCUGCUGAAAAUCUUACUACAAUGAUGCCUUUAACUUCAUCAGCUGAGUGUUUGCCACCUGCUGAACUUUGUGAUGAUGGUGUAACCUGCAUUAGAAAAGAUUUAUUUUGUGAUGGAAUCUUGGACUGCCCAGAUGGCUCAGAUGAAUCUGAAAAAAGAUGUGCUGCAGUUUGUGAUGGAAAAUUUAUGUUGACUGAUUCCUCUGGAUUCUUUCACUCUAUGAAUUAUCCAAAACCAUAUAAUGCAAAUAUUUUUUGCCAAUGGAUUAUACUAGUGCCUCAAGGUUUAUCCAUUAAAGUGAAUUUCACUUCUUUUGAUACACAACAAUAUGCGGACAAUUUAAAUGUUUUUGAAGGUAUAGGACAAAAAAAGAUUUUAAGAGCUUCUUUGUCAGGGACUAAUCCUGAGACAAUUUACAUAUUUUCUCAUGAGGCUACAGCACAGUUUAUAUCCGAUUAUUCUGAAAAUUACAAUGGCUUUAAUGCAACGUACACCACAUUUAACGCAAGUGAACUAAACAAUUAUGAGAAAGUCAGUUGCACUUUUGAAGAUGGCUUUUGUUACUGGAUACAAGAUUUAGAUGAUGAUUCAGACUGGGAGAGAGUUCAGGGCCCUACCUUUCCUCCUAUGAGUGGUCCUGAUUUUGACCAUACAUUUAGUAACAUAUCAGGAUUUUAUCUUUCAACACCCACAGGACUUGGAUUUGGAGAAGAGCGAGUCCGGAUUCUGAGUUUGCCUUUGGUCUCUUCAAAUAUAUUUUGUCUAAGCUUUUGGUAUUUCAUGUACAGUACUAAUGUUUACCGUUUAAGAGUUAGUAUAAGUAAUAAGGAUGGUAUGGAAAAUAUCAUUUUCCAGAAAGAAGGAAACUAUGGAAACAAGUGGAAUUACGGACAAGUCACUUUAAACGAAACAUCUGAUUUUAAGGUUAUUUUUGAUGCCUUUAAAAAGCGUGGCCCCAGUGAUAUUGCCUUGGAUGACAUUGGCCUGACAGAGGGAAAGUGUAAUGAAAGUACAUAUGUAGAGCCAACAGUGAUUCCAGAUGUUACUACUGUUCCAUCAGUUCCCACUGACUGUGGAGGGCCAGUUGAACUAUGGGAGCCAAACAGUACAUUCAGCUCUGAAAACUUUCCAAACAAUUACCCUAAUCAAGCUUUUUGUGUGUGGUAUUUAAAUGCUGAAAAGGGAAAAAACAUUCAAAUUCAUUUCCAGUUUUUUGAUCUGGAAAACAUUAAUGAUGUAGUUGAAGUCAGAGAUGGCAGAGGACCAAACUCGUUACUUUUGGCUGUCUAUACAGGAAAAGGCCCAUUGUCAGAUGUCUUCUCUACAACAAACCAGAUGACAGUAAUCCUCCUCACAGACAAGUCUGAAACAAAGAAGGGGUUUCUUGCAAACUUCACUACUGGCUACAAUCUAGGAGCUUGUGCAAUUGGUGAGCAUCAGUGUGGUAGUGGGGAGUGUAUACCAUUGUAUAACCUUUGUGACAACCUACCUCAGUGUGAAGAUGGCUCUGAUGAAGCAAAGUGUGUGAGAUUGCUUAAUGGUUCUCUAAGCACUGAAGGGCUGGUACAGGCCAGAAUUGGGAACACGUGGCACCUGGCAUGUGCAGAUGAUUGGAAUGAACAGAUUUCAAACAGUAUUUGCCAGCUGCUGGGGUUAGGAGAUGUAAAUAUGUCAUCAACUGUAUUAUUCACUGGAGAUGGCCCAUUUGUCAACAUCACCAAAGCAUCUAACCACAGCCUAGUAUUUACAGAAAGAGAACAGUGCUUAAACAACCUGGUGGUUCAUCUGCAAUGUAACAUUAAAUGUUGUGGAAGACACCUGGUAACUCAGAACAAUGGAUCAAGGAUUGUAGGUGGAAGUGAUGCCAGAAGAGAGGCUUGGCCUUGGAUAGUUUCACUCCAUUUUAAUUCCAGACCAGUUUGUGGAGCUUCACUUGUCAGUGAUGAAUGGCUGGUGACAGCAGCACACUGUGUAUACGGGAGGCAAUUAAAACCAUCUCAAUGGAAAGCAGUUCUUGGCUUGUAUGACCAAUCACAUAUGACACAGCUUUCAACAGUAGUUCGAAACAUCAGUCAAAUAGUUAUAAAUCCUCAUUACAUGAAGAAUAUAAAAGAUAGUGAUAUUGCUCUCAUGCACCUUCAGUACAAAGUGCAAUAUACAGAUUACAUACAACCUAUCUGCUUACCAGAAAAAUCCCAACAGUUUUUACCAGGAAUUAACUGCUCCAUUGCUGGCUGGGGUACUAUUAUGCAUGAAGGUCCCACUUCAGAUAUAUUGCAAGAAGCAAAGGUCCCUCUCAUUUCAAAUGAAAAGUGCCAACAAUGGAUGCCAGAAUAUAGUAUUACAGAGAAUAUGAUCUGUGCAGGAUACGACACAGGAGGAGUAGACUCAUGUAAGGGGGAUUCAGGUGGCCCUCUAACAUCUGAAGAUGGUAACAAGUGGUUUUUGGUUGGUGUAACAUCAUUUGGCUACAAGUGUGCACUUCCCAAGCGACCAGGAGUGUAUGCUCGAGUCACCGUGUUUGCAGAUUGGAUAAAAAAAAUAAUCUAUUAG